AUGGUACAUUAUAGGCCCUCAUAUGAAAUUGUGUACGGAUGGUCGCAAUCGUUCGACAAUCUUAUGAAGAAUCGCAUUGGACAGAAGUAUUUCGCCGAGUUCCUCAAGGGAGAAUAUUCGGAUGAGAACAUUUUGUUCUGGCAGGCGUGCGAAGAGUUGAAGCGCGAAAAGAACUCGGAAAAAAUUGAAGAAAAGGCUCGCAUCAUUUACGAGGACUUCAUCUCGAUUCUCUCACCCAAGGAAGUGUCAUUGGAUUCGCGGGUUCGCGAAAUUGUCAAUUCAAACAUGUCGCGCCCAUCGGCAUCGACAUUCGAUGAAGCUCAGAAUCAGAUCUACACAUUGAUGCAACGCGACAGUUAUCCGCGUUUCCUCGCAUCGACGCUUUACAAGAACAUGAUCGGAAAUCACGGAAUGCUCGAAGAAGUUUGA